UAUCUCUCCCUCUCGGCAUCGCUCGUCCCCUGCAGCACAAGUUCGUAGUUAGCUGUUAGGAUAACAGACCAGAGACACGACUGAGGGGAAUCAAAACUUUUGUCUGCCAUUUUAGAACAAAUCAGCGGUACAUGGACAGCUCGCCGAGAGCUUUAAGCCAUUGAAUAGUGUUACGCGAAUUAGGUUUAACGUUUUCCAGUUGCCUUGAGGGUUAUUCCUAGGGUGAGGUGGCAGUUCCAGGGUUUGCGGUAUCGAAAGACUCGUGAGAAUUAUCGUCUGGAGAAGAUGAAGCUACUGACGACUGCAGUUUUCCUCUGCUCGGCGAUGCUCCUCGUUUCUGGUGAUGGAUCAGACGUCAAAGUACCACCAGAACCGAUAACUACCUCUCCUGCCCCACUCACCACGACAAAACCUCCCACAACCACAACUCCCACGACAACCACUACAGCAAAAACUACGACACCGGCGACAACAACUACUCCAAAACCAACUACAACAACUCCAAAAACGACGACAACAGCACCACCAGACACAACGACAGUAGCUCCGAAUACAACAACCGUUGCUCCCACGACGACGUCGGCUCCACCGACCCCAGCACCAGAUCCAAAACCAGGAAAAUGGGUGGUCAAUGGAACAAACACAACGUGCAUUGUUCUUCGUAUGGCUGCACAGUUUAAUGUUACGUAUGUGAAUGCUGAUAACAAGACUGCUCAUGAAUUGAUAACUGUACCGAGUGACAAUCGGACGACAAAUGCAACUGGAGUUUGUGGGGACAAAGAGCAAGUGAUUAACAUCAAGUGGAGGCCCACGGGAGCUGACUCCGACGACUCAGUGGUCCUGCACUUCGUGAAGAAUGACGCCAAGUCCUACUCCCUCCACCACAUUGAGGCGUACGUCACCCCGAAGCAGUUGCCCAGAAUCAAAACGAAUGGAACGGUGAUGAUGAUUCACAAUGCCAGUGAAUACAAAACGUCGCUGAGCAAUUCUUACAGAUGUAUGAGAGCUCAGGAGCUGAAGAUGGCAGCGAAUGUAACGAAUGCAACUGCAAUUGCCAAGAUUUCUGAUUUACAGUUCCAGGCGUUCAGGGCUGAUAAAUCACCGACGUUUGGAUAUGCGGAGGAUUGUACAUUUGAAACUCAGGAUGUGGUGCCGAUAGCAGUUGGCUGUGCCCUAAUAGCCCUCGUGGUUAUCGUAUUAGUAGCCUACCUAGUUGGGCGCAGGCGAAGUCAGGCGCGUGGCUACGUUAGCAUGUAAAAAAGUAUCAGAGGACCACUAACCGAAAGUUUGUUGAGAUCCAGCCAACGAAAAACUACUGCAAUCUAAUCAACAAACAGUUAUGCAGCUGGGUGGAUGAUUCCCCUAUUUCCUAAGUACGUUUAUUCGUUACCCCCCCCCCCCCC